UCUUGGCUAGUCAGUCGUGGUCCCCCCUGUCGGUGAUUUGGACGUAUAUAUAAUACGAAGGUGGACGCAUAAUCGCUGUUAGAUGGUUGUAUGACUUGUGUGUGGAAGGUGCAACACGAAUACAUCAGUAGUGAAUAUUGAAGCGGUAUCAGACAAGUCUAUGAGCAGUUCAUCACCAUGAGAGUUUAUUAUAGGAGUAUGCCUCGCGUGUCAGUGCAGUCUACUCGUUGAGUUACACAAGAACCGGAACCCCUGUGGUUGUAUGUUGUAUACGCUGUUGCUUCCCUUCUAUAUCCAACGUGAUUGAAUCAACCUGACGGACCUCAUGUGUAUUGAGUGAAGGGAUACAGUCUAACAAGAGAUAGUUGCAUUGCGAGAAGAAUAUACCAACAAAAAAUGCAUCCGUGUGUACAUCUCACUGUGAUUUGUCUGGUGGUGUGUUCGUUACUAAGGAUGGCCAUGUGUGGAUCCGGCCAGUGCAAACUCAAUUUCUCGGAGUACCAGAACCGGAGGAGGUCGGCGAUCAAGGCGCAGAUCCUGAGCAAGCUGGGUCUGACGGCACCGCCGGAUGACAACGGUCCGGAAGAGGUCCCCGAAGACGUGCUCGCAAUGUAUAAUGAGACGGUGCGUAUCUUGGAGGACAGACGGGAGAUGAUGCAGGCCAAGUGCCAGGAGGCUAAAUCGGAGGAGUAUUUCGCGAAGGUGCCGAUUGUGUACACGUUAGACAGAACACGAGAAGACUCAUCGGACAACUACCAGCCCACUAAAGCCGGGAUGUCCAAGUUCUUCCGAUUCGACCUCUCCUCCUACUCCACCGAAGUCAACUCCGAGGAGGUGUUCGAGGCCGAGAUGCGGCUCUACCAGCUACCCAACACCAACAUGAACAUGGAGCAAAGGAUUGACGUGUUUCAACUCCUCCCAAAACCAAACGAUGAUCCAGAUAGGAAACACAUUUACAGUACCAUACUCAGUACAACCAGAGAAGGCUGGAUCAAAUUUGACGUCACAGCAGCCGUCAGGGACUGGGUGAUUAUACCGGGUUCAAACCAAGGAAUUGAGGUCACAACAGCGUGUGACACAAGAAUCCAUGUCCUUUUUGCGGAUCCAAGGGGAACUAUGCCAAGUGUUGACAUGCCGCCGAGAGGUGACCAGAUAAUGCCAGAGAAGAGCCCAAAGGAACAGCACCCACGCCUGGUCGUCUUGGCCCCCGCCAACGACACCCUCGGCCCCAAUGGAGGAGGCCACAACCGGAGACGCCGAAGCACCUCCACUUACGGACAAAACACAUGCGCCGAUCAGACGCAGCCUAGCUGCUGCCUACGACAGUUCUAUGUCAACUUUAAACACGACCUAAACUGGUCUUGGAUACGACAGCCCAAGGGUUAUUACCCGAACUACUGUGCCGGGUCGUGCUCGUACGUGAACGGCAGUGUGUGGAACUCACAGACUCACCACGCUCAAGUUUUAGACACAUAUAGGAAGUUAAACCCGGAUGCGUCCCCGUCGCCCUGCUGCUCCCCAAGAAGUUUUAAACCCCUUCAUAUUUUGUUUUACGAUAACGGUAGGCCACUGUUUAGAGAACUUCCCAAUGCUAUUGUUACAUCAUGUCAGUGUAGCUAGUACAGAAAAAUACGAGGUGAACUGUUAGAGGAUGAAACUGUUGAACUGGCCGGACAGUAAUGCCAGCGUUGAAGGACAACAUGAGAACUCAAACUGUCUUGGGCCGGUGUCCGUCAGUUAGAAUGAGUGGGUUUGUCAGAGGGGUGACAACCUCAGGGGUGGACAGGAGGACGAAAUGAGGAAGGAAACAAGCCGAGUCCAGAACUCCGGGAAUGAAGCAUCGUUUUUGAAAAAUGAUGGUACUUUUUUUUUUUUUUUUUACGUGUUUAGUUUUUGCAGACAAUGGACGUUUGUCAAGUUUUUAAGCGACACUCAAAGAUUUAUAUCUGCGUGACUGGGAACGGCCGUAGUUUUUCAAGAUCUGAAAAUCAAAAGCCUUGGCUGCGUUUGCGUUUUUUUUUUUUUUUUUUUUUUGUGUGUGUGUUUUUCAAGUACAAUUUUUGUUGGUUUUAUAAUCGAUAUUUGGAUUAUAAACUCACCACGAAGCGGAAUUUACAGGGUUAAGAAAAAGAAUUUUAAAUAGAAGGGAAGUAUUGAUAUGUAGAAGCGAUCCAAUCGCAGAGUAAAACGGACACGGUAAAACAUUAGUUUCUAAACGAUGUAAAAUUGGAUUUGGUAAAUCAUUUGUUUCUAAACAAUGUAAAAUUGAAUUUGUUGUAAACAGUGAAAUAAACCUGAUGGAAUGCCUCAUUGUUCCACGUCUCACCAAAUCAAGAGUGAGUGUGUGAAGUUUAAAACAGGUAAAGCUACGAGAGAUACCGUGUCAUGAUGUAUAGAAGACGUCACACCGGUGACGUCAUUGGAAAUGCUAAUUAUUAUUAUUCUAAACAAGGCACAAAGUGCCGUGAUUUUUUUGUUGAAUGAACUCUUUAAAAGGCUUGUUGUGUAAAACGGGGGAAUCGCUACUUACUACUCUUUUUUUAUCAAUUCAAUUUUAGAAAGUACUCCCGCUGUUUUAACAGUUUUUAACUUAUUUUGGGAUUGACCAAAAACAGUAGCCUUGAUUUUAAUAAGUAUGGUCGUGGGUUUAAUCUUGUGACGGGGCGUUAAUACCAAAGACAGCAGAAGCACAACGUUCGCCAAGAAAAUAAACAAAGGCAAGCAUUUACAUAAUAAUGACUAAUUGGUUGGACAUGGGUCACGUGACACAGUGGUGUCGUUGUUUCGACGCAUUGCAGAAUGCAUUUUAAUGUUGACAAGGUUCAUUAUUUCAAAAAUGAUGAUAAACAUAAACAUUUAAAAAACUUAAUAUAAAGAUUACAAUUUCUUAAAAACUUUAUAUAAAUUAUUGUGAUUUUUUAAAGACUACAAAUAAGCGGUUAGUAAGAAAUAACUUUUUAAAGAAAAUCUUAAUUUUGUAAUAUUAUCACUAAUUCUGAACAAAGACCUAGGUUGAAAAGUCACUCAAAUAUUAUGACCAUUGCAUUUUUUUAAAAUAUUAUAUAAUUUAUAUUAUUAAAUAUUUUUUGUGAAGAAAAAACCCAGACUUGUCUGAAACUGUUGUCAAUGUUUGCAUUCUAAUUUAGGGGAAAACAAAAUGAGGAUUUCUACCAUUUUUAUGAGCACAGCUGAAAAUAAAAACCAAAAAAUAAAAAAAUACUAUGCUGAAUGUGACUUGAAAACCCAAAGCACAAAUUAAACUGUAUGGGGCGUUGAGCACCGUCCAACAUGAACUGUUCUUUUCAACCACCCAUGAAAUGAAACUUGCAAAUUUGUAAAUAAAGUUGAUAUUAUUGAUACUUUGCCCGCUUUUACUCUAAUUAAAACAAAUGCUCUUCAGAACAAUAAAAAUGUGUGAUGUUUUUAAACUAUUUUUUAAACAAGCGGGGAGGGAGACCUGGUAUUCAUGUUAUUUAUUUAUAAAUAUGUAUCACAUGUAUUAUAAUAAUAAUAUAAGCAAAACUAUUUUUGUAUGUGCAUUGAGACUGGAUUUGUAGUAAGCAAUAUACUAAAAACUGUUGCUUGAAAAAGGAAGGGGUGUGUUCCGGAGAAGGGUGGUCGCGUCAAGUCCAAAUAACAUGAUAGGCGUCUACAUGUAGUUAAACCAUUAAUGUACUUUUAGAGGUCAGGCGCCAGACCUGUACUCAUUGAGGAGGCCGACGGCUAUUUUAUGUGGACGCAUUAAUGGCUUGGUCGGCGGCUAUUUCAUGAAGACAGUUUUGUUGUGGAUAAUUUCAGUAAAUUGUUUGUGAUUUGACCUUAUUUACGAUGUUGUGUGUUCUGGACACAAGGCACAAUAAAUUAUUAUACUGUUACCAUGAAACUUA